AUGGCCAAGGCCGAUACACCAAAGAACAGCCCGCCAAAGUCACAAAGCUCUAAGCAUGACUAUAAAGGCUUUGUAGCGGGAGUCUUCUCAGGAAUCGCCAAACUUAGUGUUGGCCAUCCAUUCGACACAAUCAAGGUACGCUUACAGACGAGCCAUGAUGGGCAUUUCCGGGGCCCAUUGGACUGUCUGCUACAAACGGUCCGCAAAGAGGGUGUUAGUGGGUUGUAUAAGGGAGCCACUCCGCCGCUGGUCGGUUGGAUGGUCAUGGACUCUGUCGUGUUUUCGAAACCAGAGAUUCGCGCAAGCAUGCCGUUCAUUGGCAAGCAGACGGAUCUUCACACGCUCCCUAGCUUCGGUCAUGGCAUUGCGGGCAUCAUGGCUGGAACGACUGUCAGUUUCAUUGCCGCACCGGUGGAGCACGUCAAGGCGCGUCUUCAGAUUCAGUACUCUGCAGAUAAAUCCAAGCGCCUGUAUAGUGGACCUAUAGAUUGCGUUCGCAAGAUGCUUCGCACACACGGCAUUGCCGGGUUAUAUCGUGGACUCUGCGCGACCAUGGUAUUUCGGUCGUUCUUUUUCUUCUGGUGGGGUUCCUACGACGUCCUUACUCGGUUGAUGAAGGAGAAGACCAGCCUGUCUGCUCCUGCCAUCAACUUCUGGGCCGGGGGGAUUUCCGCGCAAGUUUUCUGGAUCACGUCGUAUCCGUCCGAUGUGGUGAAGCAGCGCCUCAUGACGGACCCGAUGGGAGGCGCCCUGGGCGACGGGCAGCGCAGGUUCCAGUGGUGGAAGGAUGCUGCAGUGGCGGUCUAUCGGGAACGAGGGUGGAGGGGGUAUUGGCGAGGGUUUGUGCCAUGCUUCUUACGAGCAUUCCCGGCGAAUGCCAUGGCUUUGGUUGCAUUUGAGGGUGUGAUGCGGUGGCUGCCGUGA